AUGUCGCUAGUAGUUGCGAAGCAAUCGUUGUACAUUAUAGAGAAUCGCGUCAGGUGGAGGGUACUCGCCACAUGCUUGCUGAGCGUGGUCCUCAAAACAGAUGAAGAUACGGCCAAUAUCAAGUAGCUAAAAUACUUGCUUUCGAAAAAUCCUGAUAGUCGUCUCUGAGUGUAGUCUUGAAUAAAAACAAUACAUUUCCAGUUCGUAGUUGUUUAUCGAUUAUGUGAGAAGAGAAUGAACUAUUGCACCUUCGGAAACCAAGCUUGGAAACUCUGUGUCGGCACGCAUAUUUUGAUACCUUGCAAUUGUGGUAGGUGAAAUAGGAGAAGGUGUAUUAGUCAGUAUCUUCGUUUUUAGGUUCUUGCAGUUGCUUGCCCAAGAUCUCGAAUAUCUGGAAAGAAAUUUGUCGUAGGUUUCUGAAAGAAAUGAUACGUGAAAUCAAGAUUUAUGUUGGUUAAUGAUGCCCAUGCCUGAAUGACAUCAUACAUGGCGAGCGCGACGACCGGUUUCCGAUGAGCGCUUUCCGUACGAUUUCGCAUGAGUUCACGGCCAAUGACACUUGUGCACACUGCUGUCAGCCUAAUUUGAACGGUUGCGAGGCACGCGUGACACCGCACGAGUGGUUUUCCUACCAAGUUUGGAACACCUCAGCUUUGGAUCGAUUCAAGGUGAACUUGAGAAAGAAUUUUGGAGGUGUCAACGGCUUGCAAAUUUGCGAGAACGUGCAUUGUGAUCACCCGGUUCUCGGCUGUGGCUGGGUCUCGAGAGGCAAGACCCAAUUGCGGUGUGCAGCGUGCCCAGAUUUGAAAAACUUGCAUAAGAGUAAGACCUCAACAGCAGAAGGAGACACUAGCUCUACAGCAGCAGGCUCAGCUUUGGAAGUUGUUGGCUGUGGAAACGAUUUGCGGUACGGUAAUCGGUCUAGGGCAGACCAAUUUGGUGACUUUUUUGAGACGGCUGUUAAACGCUAAAAAUACGGACAACCAUUUGGAUUUCGUGAGCAGAUUAUAUCUAUGUAUAUCAUUUCAACAUUUCUACUUGAAAUAAACGGAGAAUAUAGAUUACUUCAUCAACAUAGUCAAUAUGCUUCCAGUUGUUAAGAACACUCGCUCUGAAACGUAGUGAGAAGAAUUGUCAAAGAAUCCUGAACUUACGUUUUCCUCUGUGCUUGAAACGGGCAAUACAAAAGCUCCAGCG